AUGGAUACAAAUAUUUCAACUUCAACUAUUAAAAGUCAUAAUAAAUACUUUUGUAACCGAGAGUCACCUUAUUAUAAUCAAAUAGUUUGUGAGUUGCUGUGUAAUGAUGCUGAAAAACAUGGAAUAGCCAUUAGUAUUAAAGCAUUAACUAUUCUUCCAAGAGAUUUAUUCCAUGGUCUCGAGGAUCUUCAACUUGAGGAAUUAAAUAUAAGUGGUAGCAAGCUGACGACACUACCAAAAGAUAUUUUCAAACCUCUGGAUGAUCUUCGUACGUUGAUAAUAGAGUCCAACAGACUGGAAUAUCUAGAGCCAAGUAUUUUUUAUGAUUUAUUACAACUCAAAGAACUUGAUCUCAGCAAAAACAAACUGAUAGCCUUAUCAAAAGAUAUAUUUAAUGGUCUACAAGAUCUAUGUGUUCUACGUUUGAAUUCAAACCAACUGAGUUGCCUUGAGCAAGGUAUUUUUGAUGAUUUAUUGAGCCUGAAUUAUCUUGAUAUCAGUAGUAACAAUCUUACAACUUCAUCGAAAGAUAUAUUUAAGAAUUUAAAAGAGCUUCGUCAUCUUAAUUUACAUUCAAACGAAUUGAACAAUCUUGAGUCAGGAUGUUUCAACGAUUUAACAGUACUUGGUGAGCUUAAUAUCGGCAAUAACAGUCUGGCAACAUUAUCCGAAGGUGUAUUCAAUGGUCUUAAAAAUCUUCAGAGGCUCUAUUUGGAUUCGAAUAAACUAGACAAUCUUGAGUCAGGUUGUUUCGAUGGUUUAUCACAUCUUGAAUGGCUCAGUGUCAAAAAUAACAGUCUGACAACAUUAUCCGAAGAUGUAUUUUGUGGUCUUGAAAAUCUUAAAAUACUAGAUUUAGGAUCAAACAAACUGCAAAAUCUUGAGGCAGGUUGUUUCGUUGGUUUAUCACAACUUGAAUGGCUCAGUAUCAAAAAUAAUAGUCUGGCAACAUUAUCCAAAGGUGUAUUUGAUGGUCUUGAAAAUAUUGAGAAAAUGGAUUUGGAAUCAAUCAAACUACAAAAUCUCGAGCCAGGGUGUUUCGAUGGUUUAUCAAAACUCAAACAGCUUGGUAUCGGAAACAACAAUCUCACAACAUUAUCCAAAGAUGUGUUUUUUGGUCUUGAAAAUCUUAAGAUACUAGAUUUAGGAUCAAACAAACUACAAAAUCUCGAGUUAGGUUGUUUCGAUGGUCUAACAAAACUUGAGCUGCUUAGUAUCAAAAACAACAAUCUGACAACAUUACUCAAAGGUGUAUUUGAUGGUCUUGAAAAUCUUGAAAAAAUGGAUUUGGAAUCAAACAAACUACAAAAUCUCGAGCCAGGGUGUUUCGAUGGUUUAUCAAAACUCAAACAGCUUGGUAUCAGAAACAACAAUCUCACAACAUUAUCCAAAGAUGUGUUUUGUGGUCUUGAAAAUCUUAAGAUACUAGAUUUAGGAUCAAACAAACUACAAAAUCUCGAGUCAGGUUGUUUCGAUGGUCUAACAAAACUAGAGCUGCUUAGUAUCAAAAACAACAAUCUGACAACAUUACUCAAAGGUGUAUUUGAUGGUCUUGAAAAUCUUGAGAAAAUGGAUUUGGAAUCAAACAAACUACAAAAUCUCGAGUCAGGGUGUUUCAAUGGUUUAUUAAAAAUUAAACAGCUUAGUAUCGGAAACAACAAUCUGACAACAUUAUUUAAAGGUGUAUUUAUUUGUCUUGGAAAUCUUAAGAUACUAGAUUUGGGAUCAAACAAACUACAAAACCUCGAGUUAGGUUGUUUCAAGGGUCUAACAAAACUUGAGCUGCUUAGUAUCAAAAACAAUAAUCUGACAACAUUACCCAAAGGUGUAUUUGAUGGUCUUGAAAAUCUUGAGAAAAUAGGUUUGGAAUCAAACAAACUACAAAACCUCGAGUCAGGUUGUUUCGAUGGUUUAUCACAUCUUGAAUGUCUCAGUGUCAGAAAUAAUAGUCUGACAACAUUAUCCAAAGGUGUAUUUAAUGGUCUUGAAAAUCUUAAGAUACUAGAUUUGAUAUCAAAUAAACUAGACAAUCUUGAGGCAGGUUGUUUCGUUGGUUUAUCACAACUUCAGGAAUUUCAUCUUAGCAGCAACAAACUGAAAACUUUAUCAAAAGAUAUUUUCAAUGGUUUACAUAGUCUCCGUAUUCUAAAUUUAAAUUCGAAUGGACUACAAAACCUUGAGUUUGGUAUUUUUAAUGGUUUAUCACAGCUUGAGACACUUUAUAUCAGUGAGAAUGAAUUGACCAAUUUAUCAAAGGAUAUAUUUAAUGGUCUCUCAGAUUCUUUAUCAUCUCGAUUAAGAUCUGAAUUAACUUCAAUUUUAUCCAAUGAUAUAUAUCUAUAA